UGCGGAAAAACAGCCGUGGAAGCAGCAACCGCGGCCGCCCCGCGGGCCUCUCGGUUUGCACGAAGCCCCGCCGCAGGGUCUUCCCGCGCUGGCUCGCGUCCUCGCCGCAGCCCCGCUUUGGCACGGCGGGGAGACGGGGGCGGAGGUGACUUGCCCGGAUUUGACCCGGGUUUGAAGAGCCAGGACGGCCUCCUUUCCCCACUCUGUCCUGCGAGGCAGGGCUGGAGUGGGAGGAGGAGGACACCCCGGAGACACCCCCCGGAUCGGCCUGUGGGGGUGUCGAUCGGCUGAACCUGAUCUGGCCCCCCUCGCCGCAGGCAGCUUUCCUUAGCGAACUCCCAGCCUGAGCGGAGGCUCCUGCCCGGGGGACGGGAGGGGAAGCCAAACAGUGGGAGGAACGUUGAGGCUGGGGACUCUGGGCAGCGCUUACUUCUCGCCAGGCCCCUGGGUUGACACCCUGACUCGGGGGCCUGGUGGGCCUGGGGCGGCCUCGGGAGCCCUUUCCAGUCCACCGUGGCCGAGCUGUAGCAAGGCCUGACCUGUAGGCGGCGCUGCGGGCCCGCUCACCUGAUGAAACUAGAAAAGUCCAGCUCAAUUGCCUGGAAGCAGGGAACGUCGUUGACUGUUUCUGAGAGUCAGCCGGGUCCUUGUUCAGCACCUCGCACAGUGCCUGCUUACUGAUUCAUACAUCUGCUCUAGGCAUCGAUGACAAGUGCCAGCCUGCCUCCUACGUAUUCACAUCCUUCUCUCAUCACUGGUGUGGCAGAGUUUCUGCUGUGGAGUCAUACUGCCUUUGAACACGUUGUGCCUAUUACUAAGCCGCCUGACCUCCGCCAGCACACCUCUUGAGAGUUUCAGUCUUGUCAUCCGUCAAAUGGGGACAUAAAGCCUACCUAUGAAGGUUGUGGUGAGAGUUAUAAUGGGAUAAUGGGUGUAGCCUGGACUCCCGUUAACAGAGCUGAACAUGUUUAAAAAGCCUUUGUCUCCUCUGCUUUCAUCCUUUAGAAACUAGAUCACGAAAUCUCAUCUACUUUCGAGUAUCAGUGCCUUCUGAUUUUCCUCCACAAAACCAUUCGUCUUGUAAGUGGAGCCUAUUGGUCCAUCUCUGAUGAUCAGAAAGUCAACUUUCUUUUAUUUUUAGAUAGGGUUCCAUCAUGUAGCUCACGUCUCCCUUGUUGAUCCUUCUGUCUCUGCCUCCGGAGUGCUGGGAUUACAGGAAUGAACCACUAUGCCCAAUUUUGCUUUUUUUUUUUUUUUUGAGACAGGGUUUCUCUGUGUAGCUUUGACUGUCCAGGAACUUGCUCUGUAGGCCAGGCUGAACUUACAGAUAUCUAUCUGCCUUCAAAGGCUGGGAUUAAAGAUGUGCACCACCACCGCCUGGCUAAAGGAUUAUUAUUAUAAAGACAAUAACUCACAUUUAUUCAAAAGUAUGUACUAGAGGCAUGAAGGUGUGGCUCCACAGAGGAGCGCUAUCUAGCAUGCAUAAGACCCAGAUUUGCCAGCCUGGUUUCCAGUACUAAAAACAAAAGUACUAAAUACUACAGUGCAGAUGCCGAGAAAAACAAGAUUACUGAGUUAAUUGACAUUUCCACAACUUAAUGCAGUCAAAGGAAGACGUUGUGUGACCUUGAUAAUCAGUUUUACCUUUCUGAAGUGUCCUCACUUUGUACAUGUGGCUGGUAAUAAAUACAGUCCAUUAACCAGAAGGAAGGCUUAAGGCUUGUAAAUACAAUAAUGAGGCUCAGGGAGUUUGGAAAACAGGGCUAAGAAGAGGUUGACAUUGUGGAGGGAUGGGCAGGAUGCCACUCAUCAGGGCUGAAGAAGGCUUUUGGAGUAAGUGGACUCUUGAAGGCUUCAUUCAGGCCACAAACAGGAUGAAGGCAGUAAAGGCUCCAUGUGGCUUCAGUGGGUAGAACUUGUAGAGGAGUAGUGAAAAGUUGAAGGAUUAUGGGUGUGACAGAUAAGACUGAAGAGGUGGGCUGAAACAUUUCUUGGCUAACUUCUUCAAUAGCUGAUGCAAUAGUACUGAAAAAAUGUGACCUGGCUAUCAACAUUAUAGUUAUUUCUGCUUGUGUGUCUGUUGGUGCUAGGAACAGAACCCAAGGCCUUGGGAUCCUGAGUAAACACUAUAACACUAAGGUCCAUCUCCAGCCCACAGAGUAUAUAUUUUUAAAGAGAAAACUGAGUCUGAUGUAGAGUUGUUUAGAUAGUCAGUGACCAAGAGUAUAUUGCUGGAAAGACAUUGUUCUAGGUGGCAUAAGGCAGGGAGGAAAAGAUGUCAAAAUGCAGACAUCGCCCCCAACAAGUUUAUAAUAAAAAAUUUCAGAUAAGACAAAUACACAGAAAAUGAAAAUACAAGAUAGAGUAUGAAAAGUAUUACGAUGCGGAGAGAAAGGCCCAGCCCAAGAGCUCAGAGAGCUCAGGAGGAGGUGGGGGAACUCCCUUCCCCUCAGAAGCUAGAGAGGUAUUAGAUAAAGUCAGAUCAGCUUUGGCAUCAUAAACCUAAACUCAGACUAUUUCAGGGAGAAAAUGAAAGAACUAGUCAGCAACAGCCCUAUCCAGUACUUCUUGACCAGAAUAAAGAGAAAUUUUACUUGAAACAGAGAGAGAGAGAGAGAGAGAGAGAGAGAGAGAGAGAGGCCUGAAGAAAAACUGAAGGACAGGAUUACUAGAAGUGACUGGGUAGAUCAAGAUAAGGAUGCUGAGGGGUUGGAAGAGGCAAUCUCCUAGCAAAAGGAGGGGUGAGUGCCGGGAAGUGAUGAGGGUGGCUAGAGAAAAGAGGGGUAAACACAGAAACUUAGGGAGUGGAAGGAAAAAGGAGUCCCCAGCCAAAUACCCGAGUUAACCAAGUUUCCAGGAGGGCCGGAAGAGUGGAAGACACCCAGGCAGAGCACGAGAGGGGAAACUGUAGCAAUAAGGACUGAGAUUAAAUUUGAGAUUUGCCAAGGGUAUUUCAAGGGAGGGCAUUUCCAGAGACACUGCCAAUAAGGUGAUUUCCUCGGUCUAGUGCUUCGGAAGGUGCAGCUCUCUCAAGGCCUGAGGGGACGGGGUGUGGCUCUUGGCCUUCCAAUUGUGGUAUUUGAUCUAUAAUUAGAACAACUGGAUGUGGUUAGGGCUCUCUGCAGCCCUGACCAGUCCCUCCAGGAGCUGGAAAGCUGGAGAACUUACUGGGAAGGGAUUUCACACCUGGCAGUCUGGCCCAGCCCCGUGAAGUCCCGUUUCAUCACGCAGCCCUAAUGACUCCCUGGGCUGUCACUCUCAACUGGUAUUGCCAGAGAUCUGACUAACCCCGUCUUGCAAAAGUUUGCAGCAUCCGUGCGAGGACAACUACAGCUCCCAGAGUUCCCAGUCGCCUCUCGAUGCUGAUUGGAGGGACGGUUGGCUCCAGAGGGAGGUGUCGGCCCCGCCUCCCCGCGAAACAGGCAUCUGAUUGGCUGCUCCGCGGGGCUUUUGUGUCCCCGCCCUCCUCCAGGGACCGCAGCGGGCUGACAGAGCCCGGCGAGCGCUGGCAGUUCCGCGGUGGGGAUGCUGAGGAGCGCCGGCUUCGCGAGCAGCGCUGGCCACUGCGGACUUCCGAGGCACUCCGCGCUUUGAAAACCCCUGCGCCGCGGCGAACCCCAGGCCUCUGAGGCCGGCCUCAGUUCCCCAAGCUGGGCUAGAAGGAGCGUCCUGCGCGGCAGCGCCGGUUCUCGGCAUCCCGAGAGACAGCCCGGGCUUCUCGAGCUUCCCCGGCGACCCCUAGUCCCGGCCUCAUCGCGCCCGGCCGCCUCUGACCCCUUCGGGUGCCCCGGACGCGGACGAGCCGCGGCUGGGUCCUGGCGCACACCAUGAUCGUUGCGGACUCCGAGUGCCGUGCAGAGAUCAAGGGCUACCUGCCGUUCGCCAGAGGCGACGUCGCCGACCCCGGGACCCGAGAGGAGCAUCGGGAAGGCCGGGCUCGGCGAGGCCCUCGAGGGCCCAGCGCCUUCAUCCCAGUGGAGGAGAUCCUUCAGGAGGGAGCCGAGAGCCUGGAGCAGCACCUGGGGCUAGAGGCUCUGAUGUCUUCAGGGCGGGUGGACAACCUGGCGGUGGUGAUGGGGCUACACCCCGACUACCUUAGCAGCUUUUGGCGCCUGCACUACCUGCUGCUGCGGACAGACGGACCACUGGCCAGCUCCUGGCGCCACUACAUUGCCAUCAUGGCUGCUGCCCGACACCAGUGUUCUUACCUGGUGGGUUCCCACAUGACUGAGUUCCUGCAGACUGGCGGUGACCCCGAGUGGCUGCUGGGCCUCCACCGGGCCCCUGAAAAGCUACGCAAACUCAGCGAGAUCAACAAGUUACUGGCACAUCGGCCGUGGCUCAUCACCAAGGAGCAUAUCCAGGCCUUACUGAAGACUGGAGAACACAGCUGGUCCCUGGCCGAACUCAUCCAGGCGCUGGUCCUGCUUACCCACUGCCAUUCUCUGGCCUCCUUUGUGUUUGGCUGUGGAAUACUUCCUGAAGGAGAUGCAGAGGGCAGCCCCUCCUCACAGGCACCCUCGCCCCCCAGUGAGCAAGGCAGCCCGCCAAGUGGGGACCCACUGAACAACUCUGGGGGCUUUGAAGCCGCCCGUGACGUGGAAGCUCUGAUGGAACGCAUGAGGCAGCUGCAAGAGAGCCUGCUGCGGGACGAGGGGGCUUCCCAGGAGGAAAUGGAGAACCGUUUUGAGCUGGAGAAGUCAGAAAGCCUGCUGGUGACCCCCUCAGCUGAUAUCCUGGAGCCCUCUCCACACCCAGACAUCCUAUGCUUUGUGGAAGACCCCUCUUUUGGAUAUGAAGACUUCACUCGUCGAGGGACUCAGGCCCCCCCGACCUUCCGUGCCCAGGACUAUACCUGGGAAGACCAUGGCUACUCACUGAUCCAGCGGCUCUACCCUGAGGGAGGACAGCUGCUGGACGAGAAGUUUCAGGUGGCCUACAGCCUCACCUAUAACACCAUCGCCAUGCACAGUGGCGUGGACACCUCCAUGCUCCGCAGGGCCAUCUGGAACUACAUCCACUGUGUCUUUGGCAUUAGAUAUGAUGACUAUGAUUAUGGGGAAGUAAACCAGCUCCUGGAAAGGAACCUCAAAAUUUAUAUCAAGACCGUGGCUUGUUACCCAGAGAAGACAACCCGCAGAAUGUACAAUCUUUUCUGGAGGCACUUUCGCCACUCAGAGAAGGUUCACGUGAACUUGCUGCUCCUUGAGGCCCGCAUGCAAGCGGCCCUGCUCUACGCCCUCCGGGCUAUCACCCGCUACAUGACCUGACUCCCUCGCGCGCAGGACCAGCACCCGGAGCAGCUGACCCUGGGGCACCGUCCUCUCUGCCAGGACUUCUGGGUCUGGAGACAGAUCCAGGACCCUUUCUGUCUCGUGUCCAUCCACCGAUUGCUGGGGCGGGCAUGUGUGUGGUGUGAGGCCCCCAAGGCAAGCCACACCUUCCUUUCCCUCACUGGACUGGAUAGGAUCGUUGCACUGACUUUGGGGUCUCAGCUCUGCUCCUGGAGUGGAGGGGAAGAAAGCUAGGAAAGCCCAAGGGGCCAUGACCCUUUUUCUUUCCCUGCUCCCAUUAGCAGAUGAAGGCUACAGAGCUAAGGUCAGACUUACAUGCUGGCAGGCUGGACCCCAGGAACCACGAGUGCGAGUGCUGACUUCCUGGACUGGGACGCUCCUGGCUGCCAGUGUAGAAGAGGAGCAAAGACUCCCAGGGACUAACACUCCAGGAAAGCUUGCCUUCCCUCCCUCCUCAUUCUUUAAGUUCAUCACCUCCCACCUGCCUUCCACCCAUCAAUGUGAAAGUUGGACUCACAGCUGGUCUGUGUGCCCAGUUUCCCCAAAGCCUGUCCUGUUGGGCAGCCUGUUCUCUGGUUGCCUGAGUACUGGUUCAGUUCUUUUGUCUCCUUUGCCCUCAUACCCUUUUCUCCCAUGCCUGGGAGAGGGGCCAAGCAUAUCCAAAGAACACGCUGUCUCUGGAGAGUCGGGGCCCGUGUCGGUUCCUCUGGUGUCUGAAGAGUAAGGAAUAAUGGCUGAUGAGUUCUGUAUUUGGGUCUUGAGGGCCUCACUAUGGAGCCAGAGUCAAGGCCUAGGAGGGAGGAGAUCCUGUUCCAGACUGUACUGACAUGCAGAGGCUGGCAUCCCAUUCUCCUGACCCCUUGGGCUCUGCCAAGACUGCUUGCCAAAAAAAAAAAAAAAGGUGGCACCAGGACCAACCUGGUAAAAGGCAUAUACCAAGGUUCUCUUUCUUUCUCUUGAUAUGUGGCCACACCCCUUGGACCUCAUGGUCGCAGACUGAGGGGUUGGCUUAAGUUUCUCAAGGUUUGACACUCUGGGCUCUCAGGCCGAACUGUCAACAGCAGGCUGGUUCUCUUGCAAGACCUUGAAGGCCUCUGGGGGCCUUAUUCUACGUCAGCCUUUCCUGGCUGCCUUCCAAGGGCCACCACCCCCAGCCCAGUGUCCACCAGUCCCCUCUCCUGGAUUUAAUGGAUUAGUUGGCAGCAGCAGUCAAGACUGACAAGCACUUUGCAUAGCAAACAACUGUGAAUUCUGACUUCCCUUUCCCUUCCGCCAGCAGUAGGUACCUCCUCUCAGACCGGCCCAGAGGCAUCUGAGAAAAUCCACGACACCCUGCUGAUGUUUUCCACUCUCCACCCUUGGGCCAGGCACAACAGGCGCCUGGCCAGUGUGCCACAUUUCAUACCCUCAUACCUGUGCAGGCACGGGAAGCAACUAGUACCCCCUCCAGGCCUGAAAUCCCUCCCUGCAGUGAAGGUGGGCAAGAGGGGAGGGCCCCCCCAGCAUGGGAGUAAGUUCUAGAGGGGACGGGAUGACGCCAACAGCGUCCCCUGGGUGGGUGGGAAGGGCAUCCAGUGUUAAAGUGCAGAAACCUUUGAUGUUGUGAGCAUUUCUAGGUAAUAGAAAUAAAGGUUCGCUGAGGUUUGUUUUGUAGUCCUUGUUAAUGGGAUGUUUGUCUAUUUCCCGAAGGUCAGAGUUCACAUCCUAGUAUAAACCAGAAGCAGUGGUUGCGUCAUGGACUUGACCUCAUGGCCUCUGCCCUGCCUGUACCUGUGCCCAGUGAUUGCAAGACUGGGGGUUGCUAGCAUUGGACGUCAACUGGGACAAGGCUAAGGCGCAAUCCAGAGUUUGCCUCGUGUGUGCAGUCCUGGGCUUGAUCCCUGACACCACAAAACAAAGUCUGCCAUUGCUUGGCUGACAGCCCCGCCACCCAUUUGGCAUGUCUGGUACUGUGGACUAAUAAAGGGCAGUGUUGUUUUCUGACCA